AUGGGCCUUCUCGGUAUCUCCCUCAUAGUUGCCUCCGUCGUCUACGUAAUCAUCCGACCGCCAGGCUGGCUAGCGCACAUACUACUUCAAUGGCGCCCCUCUGGAGGCGUAAUUGCAGACACUCCAACAAGACAAAAGCGCGUCCAGGAUGACACGGCGCCGAGGAUACAAGAAGAUGCCCUUUCCAUUGAGGAACCUCUGCACUCUUUGAACGGCCUCGCAAAGAAAGCAACCCCAGCAGAAUCGAAGCAGUUGAAAGAUGCCGCAGUGAUGCCUCCCUCCCCUCCGCAAUCAGUCAUCGAAUUGCCCACGCUCAUGGUCGACGAGCCCGAAGGUUCAACUACGCCAAAAGCAAUGGCAAACAAGCCAUCCGAUCCAGUACCUAGCUUCUCGUUAUCACCCGAACCGCUCACAUCGUCCAAAUCCUCGUCGAGCAUGAUGCCUCCUCCUCCUUUGCCGGCACGUCUGUCCGCAGGACGCAUGCCAACGCUGCCUCAAUUCCCAGCGCCCAACUCGGCCCAGCGUGCCCGCGGACCUGUUCCAAACCGUGGACCACCAGGGCUAUCUGUCCCCAGCGCUGGUCUCACCCCUCCGCCAACGCAUUCAAGCAAGCCCCAAAAACCUAGCCGCAAAGUACUGCUCGACCCAGGCCACUCGCCCCUGGACUGGGCACGUAUAUCCGGGCCCAACGCUGACCUGCGAGGUGUCGAGCCGUCAACGCCAUAUCUUCGCGUUACGCCGUCCAUGUUGAGGAACCAGACGGGUCGCAAGGGCAAGGAUGCUUGGAUGGCGUUAAACGGCAAGGUGUACAACAUUACGCCAUAUGCAAAGUUCCAUCCUGGCGGUAUUCCGGAAUUAAUGAGGGGAGCUGCCAGAGAUGGUACCAAGUUAUUCGGUGAGAUCCACCCUUGGGUUAAUUACGAAACCAUGUUAUCUGCGUGUUUAGUUGGAUUAUUGGUGGAGGAACCGGAUGAUGGUUCGCAGGAGAGUGAGAUGGAUAAGAUGGAUUAG